AGAGAAACCCGGAAAAACCGACGGUGGGUGCAUCAGUCUAAUGUCUCUACAUAGCAGCAUCUCAGCCCAGCUCAGCCCUUUGGCAGGCUAUAACGACGCAAUUCGAAACCAGAAAUUCUUCGUGUCAUCAUUCAUAUUAAUCCCCCGCGUACACUCACUCACCAAGUACACAACGCUGGUUCGUUGUAUCAAUCUGUACCUCCCUCUCUUAUCGCUUUCUCUUCAGUUUGGUGUCAUCAUGGUCACUCUACUGCAAACUCUCGCAUUUCGACUCACUGUCCUCGUCAUUCUUUCAAGUGUUCUUGGGAUUAUAGCUACACCCCUGCCGAUGUUCGAGGCUCUGAAUGAUACGGCAGGCCUUCUCGAACGUCGCAGUCACGCCAUCCCUGUAGCAGUAAAGCUCUACCUCAAACGCGGACAUUAUCAACCCGACGGGACAUUCCUCGGUUUCAGUACUGGACCAGCCAUUCCAACACUGCAUCGCGAUGAUGAGUUCCUCAUGCUCUUUAGCCAAGAGACUGGAGAGCGCUGGGGCUUAAGAGCCAUUCAGAGGCAUCAAGAUGAAGGAGACCAAGUGUUACAAUGGAAGCUUGAACCCGUUCGUCGAACCCAACAUUCAACUUCUGACCUCUUUCUGGGAACGUUGAAUUUCCCAUCAAAAAAAGCGAAAGGGACCGUCUUAGGCAACUCAGGCCCAAGAAAGGGAAAAAUAGGAGGAAUGUACCGUGGGAUAUAUCCUGGUUCAAAUGCACUCCAGGUGUACAAUCAGAUCAUCCAACUUCGGUUAAUCGAGUAUCCAACGUAUUUUGUGUACAAGCCAGAUCCUCGGAAUCCUUCCGUUUGGGAGGAUCUCUAUACAGCUGUGAUGGAACCAGCUGAGUAUACGGGGACAUCAUGGAAUGUGAAGGAGCUGCUUUAACAGAGUACGAGAUAGACCCAAAGCGACUUGAAAAUCUGUUGUAACUACUUAUCACUGACUAUAUUACUACAUAUAACCAUCUGUCGGUCUUUGUUUUGUGGACAUGGCUCCCCGCCGAGCCAAGCGACGACGAAGACUCAUGAGCGUAAUAUCAUACGCUACAGGCGACAAGAUCAAAACCAUGGACUCAUCAGUCUACAAAUUGGCUCUAUGUUCCCUAGCUUUCUCUCUAUGACUCUAUGUUCUCUCCACCCAUUAUCAUUCCCAUCUUCUUAUACUUACUUUUCAGCCACUCAUAUCUGUUGUCCAGACUUUUUGACCAUUACAACCAACGAACACAGUUUACACAAUACAUAUUCAAAAUACACGAUACUUGGUGUUACCUGUACAUGUACUUAGUACAUAGUUUCCCCC